GUGGCAGCGGCGGCAGCGGGUUCGGUUGCGCGUGGCGCACGGGGUGGGAGCGGAGCCCAGGCCGGGUGCGGGCGCUGCCGCCAGCGACCAUGGGGAACGUCUUGGCCGCUAGCUCGCCGCCUGCCGGGCCGCCGCCGCCUCCCGCGCCCGCCCUCGUGGGACUGCCGCCGCCUCCGCCCUCGCCUCCCGGCUUCACGCUGCCGCCGCUCGGGGGCGGUCUGGGCGCUGGGGCUGGCGCGGGUCGAGGUUCGGAACGGACCCCCGGUGCUGCGGGCGGCAGCGCCGCAGGGACCGCGGAUGAUGGGGCCUGCGGCUGCCUGCCCAACCCCGGCACGUUCGAGGAGUGUCACCGGAAGUGCAAGGAGCUAUUUCCCAUUCAGAUGGAAGGUGUCAAGCUCACAGUCAACAAAGGGUUGAGUAACCAUUUCCAGGUAAACCACACAGUAGCCCUCAGCACAAUUGGGGAGUCCAACUACCACUUCGGGGUCACUUACGUGGGAACAAAGCAGCUGAGUCCCACAGAGGCAUUCCCCGUGCUGGUGGGUGACAUGGACAACAGUGGCAGCCUCAAUGCUCAGGUCAUUCACCAGCUGGGCCCUGGCCUCCGGUCCAAGAUGGCCAUCCAGACCCAGCAGUCCAAGUUCGUGAACUGGCAGGUGGAUGGGGAGUACCGGGGCUCUGACUUCACAGCAGCCGUCACCCUGGGGAACCCAGACGUCCUGGUGGGUUCAGGAAUCCUGGUGGCCCACUACCUCCAGAGCAUCACGCCGUGUCUGGCCCUGGGUGGGGAGCUUGUCUACCACCGGCGGCCUGGGGAGGAAGGCACUGUCAUGUCUCUAGCUGGGAAGUACACAUUGAACAACUGGUUGGCGACAGUAACGUUGGGCCAGGCAGGCAUGCAUGCCACCUACUAUCACAAAGCCAGCGACCAGCUGCAGGUGGGUGUGGAGUUCGAGGCCAGCACGAGGAUGCAGGACACCAGCGUCUCCUUCGGGUACCAGCUGGACCUGCCCAAGGCCAACCUCCUCUUCAAAGGCUCCGUGGACAGCAACUGGAUCGUGGGCGCCACGCUGGAGAAGAAGCUCCCGCCUCUGCCCCUGACGUUGGCCCUUGGGGCCUUCCUGAAUCACCGAAAGAACAAGUUCCAGUGCGGCUUUGGCCUCACCAUCGGCUGAGCCCCUCCUGGCCCCCGCCUUCCACCCUUCCUCCUACAGAUCCCCCCUCCCCCUCCCCCUGCCACGGAGGGGAGACCUGAGCCCUCCUCCCCCUCCCUUCCCUCCCUCCUCGGGGGUCAGGGGGGCAGUGGAAAGGAGGGGACCCAUCACCCUAGCAGCUGAGGGGGGGAUUCUGGAACUCGCGCGCUUCAGGAUUCGGAGCACUAGGGACAGGGUGCCUACUGGGCCUGGAGUCACAGGAGGGAUUCCGGAAUCAAGGGGCACGCCAGGUUCUGAGCACCAGGGGCAGAGGCGGCCAGACAACCUCAGGGAGGUGUUGGGGUAUCCGAGUCCCCCCAAAGGGCCCUGGGCCCGGCCCUGAGGGGCAGGAAGAAGAGGAGCUUCCCCAUCCCCGGUCAGUCUGCCCCCGCCCACUUUCCCACCCAUCCCUCAGUAUAAAUCAUGUUUAUAAGUUAUGGAAGAACCGGGACAUUUUACAGAAAAAAAAAAAAAACAACAAAAAAUAUACGUGAACAAAAGUGAA